AUGCAAUUUGAAGAUGAUAUUCGAGAUCAACCAAGUUUUUUUGAAAAACUAACUCAUAGCUUGGGGAUGAAGUAUCAGUAUUAUUUAGAUCGGGCUACGCCACAUCAUUUCCCAAGAUGGAUAGUUGCCUUUUUGUUAUUAUUUAUCUUUGUAUAUAGGAUUCUCACGGUUCAAGGAUUUUACAUAGUUUGUUAUGCUUUGUUUAUCCAUUAUUUAGCUAUGUUUUUGGCCUUUCUUACACCACAAAUUGAUCCCGCACUUGAUCUUGAUGACGAAGAUGAUGGACCAGCUUUACCAAAUAAAAAUAGUGAUGAAUUUCGUCCAUUUAUGCGUCGAUUACCUGAAUUUAAAUUUUGGAUAUCUUUUAUGAGAGCAACAAUGAUUGCAAUAGGAUGUACAUUUUUUGAAUUCUUUGACAUUCCCGUUUUUUGGCCAAUUCUCGUAGCAUAUUUUAUUAUGUUGACUGUAUUAACUAUGAAAAGACAAAUUAUGCAUAUGAUCAAGUAUAAAUAUAUACCAUUUAAUUUUGGAAAACCAAGACAUACUGCAGAAGGUGGUAAUAUUCUUCAAUAG